AUGCAUUUCGGAAAGACCCUCACCCUAGCCUGCCUCAGCACCGGAGCCAUGUCGUUCAAAGUCCGCGCAUUCACGGGAGCCGACUGCUCUGGGGAUGCGAAGGAAGUCAACAUUUAUGACAACACCUGCAGAGGCUCUGGCCUGCCAAAGACACUCUCCUUCCGAGUCCUCUCUUAUGGAGCCCAUCGCCAGCGUGCUGGCUUUUACUCUGACGGUUCUUGCAAUGCACUCGGCAGAGAAUGGGUUGAUUAUUGGGCGGACGGUGGAAGCAACGUAUUCAAGAAGGGAGAUUGCGUCAAUCUCGGCUUUGGCGCGUACUCAAUGGGUUCCCGGUCAGCAUAG